AUGUCACUAGCCAUGAAACCAAAAUCUGAAAUGACUCCAGAGGAGCUUCAAAAACUUGAGGAGGAAGAGUUCAAUACUGGUCCAUUGAGCGUAUUAACUCAAUCGGUGAAAAAUAACACUCAAGUUUUGAUUAAUUGCCGAAAUAACAAAAAGCUUCUUGCAAGAGUUAAAGCAUUUGAUCGUCACUGUAAUAUGGUACUCGAAAAUGUCAAGGAAAUGUGGACAGAAGUUCCAAAAAGUGGAAAAGGCAAGAAGAAAGCUAAGCCUGUGAGCAAGGAUCGAUACAUCAGUAAGAUGUUUUUACGUGGUGAUUCUGUAGUCAUCGUCUUGAGAAAUCCUUUGGCUGCACAAGCAACUACUAAAUAA